GCAAGAUGGCUGACUAGAAGCAGCCAGCCCUUACCUCUAAUGCAAAAAAGUCCAAAGGAACAAAUAGUCACCUGUAGAGUGGAAUGUCUAGGAGAAAACAGUGGAAUCCAGUUAAUCAGUGCAGAAACCCCCCCAAGACCUGGAAACUUGAGAUAGCAGUGUAGAAGGAUGGUGAAACUCCUGAUUAGGACCAGCGUGGAAUUUGGAGAGACCCUGCAUUUCUGGGACAAGGUUUGUGGAAUCUUGCUUCCCUUUUUUCCAACCUCUGUUUAUUUGUGUUGAUGCCCUUUGCCUUUUUCUUCCUGGAAUCAGAAGGUUUUGCUGGCCUAAAAAAGGGAAUCCGAGCUCGCAUUUUAGAAACCCUGGUUAUGCUUCUUCUUCUUGCCUUACUGAUUCUUGGGAUAGUGUGGGUGGCUUCGGCGCUCAUUGAUAAUGAUGCUGCAAGUAUGGAAUCUUUAUAUGAUCUCUGGGAGUUCUAUCUACCCUAUUUGUAUUCCUGUAUAUCACUGAUGGGAUGUUUGUUACUUCUUUUGUGUACACCAGUUGGCCUUUCCCGUAUGUUCACAGUGAUGGGUCAGUUGCUAGUGAAACCAACAAUUCUUGAAGACCUGGAUGAACAAGUUUACAUUAUUACCCUAGAGGAAGAAGCACUCCAGAGACGACUAAAUGGGCUGUCUUCAUCAGUGGAGUGCAACAUAAAGGAGUUGGAACAAGAACUUGAAAGUGUAAAGACGCUUAAGACAAAAUUAGAGAGGCGAAAAAAGGCUUCAGCAUGGGAAAGAAAUUUGGUGUAUCCUGCUGUUAUGGUUCUCCUUCUUAUUGAGACAUCCAUCUCAGUCCUAUUGGUGGCUUGUAAUAUUCUUUGCCUAUUGGUUGAUGAAACAGCAAUGCCAAAGGGAACAAGGGGGCCUGGAAUAGGAAAUGCCUCCCUGUCUACUUUUGGUUUUGUGGGAGCUGCACUUGAAAUCAUUUUGAUUUUCUAUCUUAUGGUGUCCUCUGUUGUCGGUUUCUAUAGCCUCCGAUUUUUUGGAAACUUUACUCCCAAGAAGGAUGACACAACUAUGACAAAGAUCAUUGGGAAUUGUGUGUCCAUCUUGGUCUUGAGCUCUGCUCUGCCUGUGAUGUCAAGAACACUGGGGCUUCAUAAACUUCAUUUAUCAAAUACUUCAAGGGAUUCAGAAACAACCAAGCCUUCUGCAAAUGGGCAUCAGAAAGCACUGUGAGACACCGAGCUGGUCCCAUUCUACAGUCAAGAGACCCAAGAACCCCAACUCCUGACAUUCCCAGCAGAUGAAGAAGCGUUCUCAUGCUGACCUUUGUCCAUGUGUAGGGCCUGGGCCUAUCAGUGACAUUUUUUUCAUAACCUACUAAGAACUUGGCUAUUUCUGAUCUUCUUUUUUAAAAUUUGACUUUCUGAUAGACCCUGUAGUUUCCAGUUCAAUGUGGAUUUCUUAGAGAUAUAUCUAGAACAACACAUUCUUCUACAGAUACAUUUGCUCAUAUAGUAAAUACAGUCAUUCAUGUGAAAAUAUUUUUCACCUGAUAGGAAAAUGUCAGAAAAAGCAAACUUUGGGAUUUCCUAAAGAUUCAUUUAAAUCCCAUUAUAUAUUUUAUUCAGAAUGUGGAACACUACCUGAAAGGCAUCCUUGGUCCCAAGCAAAGGGUCCUCAGAAAAUCAGUUUUCAGGUUCAAUAGAAACUGCUUGUAGAUGUUAUUAUUGCAGUGGGUGUAUUGGAACUAUAAUGGUUGCACACUCUAUUUUUUAUUUUCUUAAAAAAGACAACAAAAGCAUAGUUUCUGAUUUAUGUUACAGAAUAAUAUUGAUUAGACUCUGAGCCAAGGGAAAAAUACUAAAUUCUUUAAAACCUGAGCCUUGGUAGAAAACCACAGGAAUAUCUUUUAUAAUACAGCAUAAUAAGCUGUGGUAGGAAGUAUUAUGUAAUCAUAGUUUAAUGACAGUUUAUGUGUAUAUAAUUCAGUAUUACCUCUCAUAACAUAGUUGCCAGUGUUGAGUACACUUGUAACUUAGAUUUUGCCUUACAGGCUAGGCUAUAUGUACACUCAGUUUUUUAAAGCAUUUUUUUCAGAGAUCACUUAAUUCCUUGUUUUUCUGUGAUCCUUAUGAAAAAUAUAAAUUCUCAGUUGUAGAAACCCUUUUCUUACAUUUUUCAUCCUUUGAUUACUUUUGUAUAUACCAAUUUAAUCUUCCAACUUAUAAAAGUUACCAGUUUAAUAUACAGAACUCAUAGCAUCAGCAUUCAUGAUGUAAGAGUAGUUGUGCAGUGUAACAUGAUUUGAUAAUCAUUCAAUUAUUAACUUGUAAAUAAUUGUUGGGAUGGUUUCUGACUUUAGGUUCAUUGAAUAAAAAUUAUGAACUUAUACUCUGUUACCAUCCACUAAGAUAGAGUACCGAAAAUUGUGCAUGCAAAAAUAUAAGAUGGGCCCAUUUGCACAUAAUUCAUAGUUACGCAGUUUGUAUAAGUAUGUAUGUUCACAUGCACUAUGUGUAUGACAACAGAUUGUCUGUGUUCAGACAAAAGUAAAACAACAUUUUUUCAAAUUGUUGAAUUUAAACUUUUUUUGGAGAAAUUUAUGAAAAACAGGUUGUAUCUAUUUGGCAUAAAAAAUUUCCACUUAGAGCCAAAAUAAUAAGAAAAUUUAAUCUGUUUAUUUAUAUGUUCCAUUGAAUAUACUUCUCUUUUAUUUAUA